CAAUUAACUCACGCUGUCCAUGCUUCUGGUUCACGUUUAAACGUGGAGUGUGUUUUUGCAUGUGGUUCUUAGCAGUACUUUCGUUGAAAUUGUGAAGGUUUUUGUGAUAAGAAAUUUCUGUAAAUUUGCGCUUGUUUGCGGAAGAAGAAAAAAUGUCUGUGUUUAUGGAUUUAAACAUCAUCAGCAGUAGUGAUAAGAACAGACUAAAAAGCAUCAUAGAGACAGCUGCUCACCUUGGCUACUCAACAGUGGCAAUAAACUAUGUGGUUGAACCAAAAAAGGAGAAACAGGAAAUUCCAAAGCCACAGAGUGUGUCAGGCAUAUUUGAUAAAUUCCCAGUUGUACAGGGCAAAUCUUCUCCCAUCAAAGUACUGAAUCGAUUGACCAUCAUAGCUACUGAUGCAUCUCAUUUUAGACCAACCAAUGAAUACAAAAGCUUCGACCUUGUGGCGGUGUAUCCCAAAACAGAAAAACUCUUUCAUGCAGCCUGCAUGACUUUUGAUGUAGACAUUAUCUGCAUUGCAGUGGCUGAAAAACAGCCCUUCCAUUUUAAAAGGGCUCCAGUUAAUGGGGCUAUUGACAGGGGGGUUUUCUUUGAGAUCUGUUAUGUGGCAGCCAUCAAAGACUCCACUAUGAGGAGGUACACCAUUGCCAAUUCCAUCAGCCUCAUGGAAAUCUGUAAAGGAAAAAAUGUCAUAGUGUCCAGUGGAGCAGAAAAGCCUCUUGAGUUGAGGGGGCCAUAUGACAUUGCAAAUUUAGGGCUUGUUUUCAGCCUGUCUGACGGAGAUGCCAAAGCCGCUGUUUCUACUAACUGUCGAUCUGUCUUGCUUCAUGGAGAGACGAGAGCCACUGCAUCUGGUGUUGUUUACACCAUAAAGAAACCAAAAACUCCCCAGAAGCAAGAAGAAGAAACUCCAGUAUCUAAAAAGGCCAAAACUGAAUUAGCAUAGCCAGUAUUUCAUUAUUCAUGUGUAGUGUUUUUUUUUUUAAUAGAAGAUUAAUAUUCCUCGAAUUCUUUUUCCUCACAAUCUUGCAAUCCACUUUAAAUUGAACAAUGAUACAGAUAUUUUAAAAAUGAAGUUUAUUUAGUCAAGCUUUAAAAGAAUUGCAAACAAAAUUUACAGAUAAAUUAAGCUAGUAUAAAAUCGCUCAUUUCAAAUUAAGUGCAUUCUGUAAUAAAUUAUUUAAAAUAUCAAAAAAAUAUUUUCAUGCUAAGACUGAAUUUAAUCUUGCUAAAAGAGCUAUUUCAGGCAAUGAGUUUCCUUGUGAAGAGGAAGCUCUGUGUUUCAUUAAGUUUCAUAUUCCUUUCUGCUUUAUCUAUGCUUUAAUAAAAAGUUAAAGUAUUGUGCUUCACUUUCAAAA